CAGUUCGUGAGAGAGAAAGCGCAGUGAAGGCGACUGGCGUCUUUUUGCAAAGGGAUCGUUCUGCCGGAUCUGAUUUAAAGGGUUCCCCUCAAGCGUUCACCUGCAGCUGAACCAUGCGCUCCUGUUCUGCGCUCCCCCGGUUUAGUUCCCUCCUGUUUCUUCUCUUCUUCCCAUCACCCUCCUCCUCUCACCCCAAGUGGAUUCUCCAGCGUGUCCCUGUGGUCCUCCCACAGCAAACAGAUGACCGACCUGCCCCUCACUUCGCGUCUCCAGCUCUUCUGUACGUCAACUCCCCCUGUGACCCCGAAUGCCACAAGCGAGCCCCACGUCCUAGCUACUGGGACCUGCGGCAUCUCCUGGCCUAUGAGACGCUCCACUCUGACGGACGACUGACUGAGACUGCCAUUGGUAUUUAUGGAUACAACCCCAGUUCCAACACCAGCCCAGCUUACUCUUCAGGGGUGUCUGGGAAGGCCCAGAGGUCACAUGUCAGGAGAAAGAGACAGAUCUUUGGCCAGGAUGAGCGUUUUAGCAUUGCCGGACAGAACUUUCUGCUUAAAUUCCCAUUUUCAGUGGCUGUCAAACUGUCCACAGGCUGUUCUGGUACACUAGUGGGGGAUCGUCAUGUCCUAACAGCCGCUCAUUGUGUUCAUGAUGGCAAAAACUAUGUGAAAGGUGCUCAGAAGCUUCGAGUGGGCUUUUUGAAACUCAAACAACGGAACGCUCAGCCUCCGAGAUUUUAUCUACCUUCCAACUUCACCCACCAAGUUGAAGGUGGCCCUGCUGCUUAUGCCCCACCAACCAAUGACAAAAUGAAGUUCCAAUGGAUCAGAGCCAAACGCACCCACGUUCCCAAAGGAUGGAUUAAAGGGAAUGCCAAUGACAUCGGAAUGGACUAUGACUAUGCUUUGCUUGAACUCAAGAAGCCGCACAAACGCAGACACAUGAAGUUAGGAGUCAGCCCCCCAGCUCAGAGGCUUCCCAGUCGACGGGUCCACUUCUCGGGUUUUGACAACGAUCGCCCAGGCCAGCUGGUAUACCGCUUCUGCCGGGCCGGCGAGGAGACCCCCGACCUGCUGUAUCAGCACUGUGACGCUCAACCUGGGGCAAGCGGCUCUGGAGUCUACGUUCGAAUGUGGGACGGCCGGCACCGGCGCUGGGAACGGAAGGUGAUAGGUGUGUUUUCGGGGCAUCAGUGGGUGGAACAACAAGGGACAUCUCAGGAAUUCAAUGUAGCAGUGAGAAUAACGCCUCUUAAAUAUGCUCAGAUCUGCUACUGGAUAAAAGGGAACUUUUUGGACUGUAGAGAGGGGUGAUGAAAACGUGGAGAGUGAGGUGGACAAAGGGCUGCAUCUAAAAAACCCAUCGCACCACAACCACUGCAUACACCUUCUGAAAUAAUGCAGUCAUCGGAGAAAACCACCAUUUUUAUCCCACUACAUGUAGCACUGAAAUAACCCAAAUGUAACCAUCUUCUGUCUCUAUUUACAGAUGCCAACAUGUGUAAUAAAUGUAAAGACUGACAUACA